CGACUGUUGGCGUGGCACGCAAGCUUAUUUGAACUUUUUAUUUUUGAUUAUGCCGUAUUUAUUUCCAAACCAUCCUUUAUCCUUACAACUUUUUUGCAUAUUUAUUAUAUUCUGUACAAAAUAAUAUUGAUGUUUCACAUCUGCCAGGCAUCCCGAAGCCAAUCACUAAUAUUUUAUUUAGAGGACGUCGCAUCCGUGUGUGUUUACACAUAUACGACACAGAAAAUAGUCGUUCUCCAGUUUCAAAUGUUUCAAUGGUGUGCUGGUAGUUUUAAUAUUGACCAGUUACCGUUUAUACAAUUUAAAGUAUAACCAUGGGUUGGAAUAUUUACAAAUUAUUGUGUUGCUGUGGCAGUUCCAAUGAAUCAACUAGAGUAGAUUUGGCAAUUGUCCGAGAACAACAAGCUGCAGCUGCUGAAAAACGUUUAAGAGAACAAGAAAGCCGAGGUAUAAAGAAUCCAGAUCGUGUCAAACGCAUGCAACGAGAACAACAAAAACGUGAUGAAGAAGCUAGUAAAACUGCUAAUAUGGGGACGAGUACUGGAUUAAAGUGGCAAGUCAGUUAAUUAUCCAAAGUAUUGAAGUUAAAACUCCCAUCAACUAAAUAUGUAUUUAUUUUUAAUUAAUUAAAUUAUAUUUUUAAAUA